AAAAUAAAAAAGGUUACGAGGGACAGGACCGACAUGGGAACGAAGUGGGAACACAGACACCACACUGUUCCUACGACUUGUUCAAAUCGCCAAACACAACAAAACGCAUACAACUAGACUACAAGAAGAAGAAGAAGUUAAUUCAUUCCUUGAAAAUAGAAUUAGCGAAUUAGAUCUCAGAAAGAGAGAGAGAGAAUGUCACGGGGGAGAUCUGAUUCGGGGAUUUGGUUAAGGUGGUGUUUGGUUUUGUUUGCAAUGGUAUCAGCUUUAGGAGUGUGCGGUCCUGCUCUUUACUGGAGAUUCAAGAAAGGCAUCACCCUUCGUAACUCUCACUCCAAACUCUCUUGUCCUCCUUGUAUCUGUGAUUGCCCUCCUCCUUUGUCCCUCUUCCAACUCGCUCCUGGGCUGGCCAAUCUCUCUGUCUCAGAUUGUGGAAGUAAUGAUCCUGAACUAAAAGAGGAGAUGGAGAAGCAGUUUGUUGACCUUCUAACUGAGGAGCUAAAGUUACAAGAGUCAGUUUCUGAAGCGCACACGCGGCAUAUGAACAUAACUUUGGCCGAAGCAAAAAGAGUGGGAUCUCAAUACCAAAGAGAAGCUGACAAAUGCGUUGCAGCAACUGAAACGUGCGAGCAGGCAAGAGAGCACGCCGAAGCCAAGCUCACCAAGGAGAGAAAGAUGACUUUGGUUUGGGAGCGACGGGCACGUCAAAUGGGCUGGGAAGGAGAAUAACUAUGUCAUGUUUAUUAUUUAUAUUAUUAAUUAUUUAUAGUCAUAAUUUUCAUUUUAUAUAUAAGCAUACAAGCAAAAUGCUUGAGUUGUCAAAUUAUUCUCCUCCUACUUUGUUUGUGACCGACUGCAUAUAUUCUAGUAUCAACAAUUUUUACCUCACCCAUGAUUAUCAAUGCAUAAUGGGUGCACUAUUGCCACGAUACUAUCCCAUGGGAGCUAAAAACUUAGAUGAAAUAUGAUCGCAAUAUGAUCACGUACCUGAUUAUAUUA